AACAAGUUGCAGACAGCCAUGAUAUGAGAUCAGAGGUGACCGAGAGGAGGACGUGUGAGAAAAUGAAAAGUCAACACUGGUGGAAUUAAGCAAAUAAAGGAUCGGUGUAGGAUAAUCAGGGCACGAAGAUAACCUAGGAGGGCCAAGAUACUGUUGCUUUUAGUUGAUAAUAAUUUCAAUAGAAAAUAGUCAUUGGUGUCAACAUUUGUACCGUGCCUUGGCAUGGUGUGGUCUUCGUCACUAGCAAUGGGAUUAUCUCACGUUAUAAUGUGCCUCUGUGUGGCAGGAGUGUGGUGCCAAUCUACUACACCUUCAAUCCCAUCUUCAACCCUUAAUCCAGCUCCCACGGCGGUAGCAAAUGCAAAUGUCACUGUGAUAGGGCAAAAUGAGACCAGUGUAACUCUGCAGUGGAUGAAGAAACCGGAGUACACGUAUGAACUACAGUUCCAAAAUGGGACAUCAUUGAUAAACACCACGGAAAAAAAUCAGGAGCUAGAGACACAGACAGUCUCCUUUCUCACUCCCGGGACAGAAUACAACUUCACUCUCUUCAGUGUACGUGAGAGUGACAGGAGCGAUGGAUUUGACUUUACAGCUGAUACUGCUCCCAAAAAUGUAGCUCAGGUCAAUGUGACAGGGCAAGAGGAGACUAAUGUAACUCUGCAGUGGAACAAAGUGAAUGGGAACGGGAUCACUUAUGAGCUGCAGUUCACGGAUGGGACUAAUAAUACUACCGUCCCUGUAUCUGAUGUGGAUGGAUCGGUGACAUACACAGUCUCACCUCUCAAUGCUGGGACACACUACGAGUUCCUUCUCUUCACUGUGUUCAAAGUAGUACCAAGCACGGGAUACAAUUUCUCCGCAAUCACCCGUCCCCUCGGUGUAGGUGAUGUCAAUGUGACAGGGCAAGAUGAGACCAGUAUAACUUUGCAGUGGAGCAAAGUGAAUGGCACAGGGAUCACUUAUGAGCUGCUGGGCACCUCUGAGAACAAUACUAUCAUCCCUGCAUCUGAUGAAAGUGGAACAGUGACACACAUAGUUUCACCUCUCACUGCUGGGACAAAAUAUACGUUCACUCUCUUCUCUGUGUUUGAAGGUGUCAGGAGUACUGUUGGAAGUAAAUUGUCUGCAGUCACCGCUCCCCUUAAUGUCGAGGCUGUCACUGUAGGAGAGACACACCGAAAUAAGACCAGUGUAACUCUGGAGUGGAAGAGGCCGGCGAAAGGAGUCUCUAGUUAUGUGCUGCAUUUCGACGAUGUGAAAAAUAAAGACAUUCUUAAUGCAGGAGAAACAGUGACACAUCAAGUUUCAACUCUCGAGUCUGGGAAAAGAUAUGCCUUCACCCUCUUCACUGUGUUUGAAGGCAUCAAGAGCAGUGGAAAAAGCAACUUCACAGUAACAAAGAUAUUCUGCUCUACUUUAUCCUGGGAGGUCACCAGCUCAUCCAUUCAGACUGUGCUCCUGUCCGAGAUCGUCUCCAAUGGAGUAGCCAAUAAUGGAAGUCAGACUCAUGUCGCCUCUAACAUUAAUGGCAAUCUGUCAUUCACUCUCCUUUACCCUGGGGCAGAGUACACAGUGACUCUUUGGUUUGAAAAGGAUUCUACAAGACUUCCCUUGUGUGAACAGGUGGAGACUGUGGUUCCCCCAGCCCUGAUAAGACCGAGAUGUGACUAUUUGUCCAGUGGCUACGCUUUCUCUCUGGCCUGGGAUGUGCCGGAGGGAAUAUGGACCAGUGUGGAGGUGAAUGUGACUGGGAAAAGCCCUCAGAGGGUGGAGGGAGAGUGGGUGAGGAAGGUGGACAUCAAUGGGGUUCAACCUGCCCAGACCUAUCGAGUGUCUUUGGCCUCAAUCUCUGGGCGUCGGAUAAGUAAGGCUGUCUCUUUCAGCUGUAAUACAGACCCAAGAGGGGUCAUUGCAGGGUCAGUCAUGGCUGUGCUGCUACUCUGCCUCCUGGUUUGUCUGGCUUUCUUCAUAUGGCGUCGGAAGCCAGAAAUAUUCAGCCGGCCCAAGUUGUUGUUUGUGGAAUCCAAACUAACCAGCAAUAAAUUCAAAGCUAUUCCCACGGGGAAGUUUUCAGACCACUACCACACAAUGAGCGCUGACACGAACAGAGGAUUCAGUGAGGAGUAUGAGGACUUCGUCCCUGUUGGCACAGAGCAGACUCAAAAAGCAGCCAUUCUGGAGGAGAACAAGAACAAGAACCGCUUCACCAAUGUACUGCCAUAUGACUGGUGUCGGGUGAAGCUAACCAUCCUAAACCACAACAUGAGCUCUGACUACAUAAAUGCCAAUUACAUGCCAGGCUACGGUAACGGCAGACAGUACAUCGCUGCACAGGGUCCCCUGCCCACCACUGUUGACGACUUCUGGAGAAUGAUCUGGGAGCAAAGGGUAAAGGGUGUGGUCAUGGUAACCAACUGCACCGAAGGAGGGAGGACUAAAUGUGAGCAGUACUGGCCUUUGGACUACACCCCUUGCCUGUACGGAGACCUGUUGGUAACAGUCAGGUCAGAGAAAAGGGAAACCAACUGGACCCUGCGGGAGUUUGUAGUGAAAAGUAGGGACACAUCUGAGGAGCGCCCUGUGAAACACUUCCACUUCACGGCCUGGCCCGACCACGGAGUCCCAGAGGGAACGGAGGCUCUGAUCCAGUUCAGAGGGCUGGUCAGACAGCACAUAGAGAGCCAAGAGAACAGCGGACCCACUGUGGUGCACUGCAGUGCUGGGGUGGGGAGGACGGGCACCAUCAUUGCUCUGGACGUGAUGCUACAACAGUUGGAGAGGGAGAAGGCGGUGGGAAUCGCUGCCUUUGUGCACAAGAUGAGGCUGAGUCGGCCGCUCAUGGUUCAGACAGAGUCGCAGUAUGUUUUCCUGCACCAAUGCAUCAUGGAUUCUCUGGAGCCCAAAGAGAAGAUGAUACAAGAGGCCCUUUACGAGAACUCGGACCUGAUCUACGCCAACGCCACAGCACUGAGGGAGUUCCAAGCUGCCAAUCCAAAGGCCUGAAGAUAAGGCCAUGGAUUGUCUGCUGUGAGUUCGUUUUAUUGUUCCAAUCACUUUGGAACAUUUUUCAGAUGUAAAUGGUAUACUUGAAAAACUCUCUUAAGUACAAAAUUCUAAACUGAUAACACUUGUAAUGCCCCUUACUUAAGCAAUAAUGCUCAAGGAGGUGUGCUAUAUGGUCAAUAUACCACGGCUAAGGGCUGUUCUUAGGCAAGCUGCAUCGCGCUGGCCAUAUAUCACAAACCCCCAAGGUGCCUUAUUGCUAUUAUAAACUGGUUACCAACGUAAUUCGAGCAGUAAAAAUAAAUGUUUCGUCAUACUUGUAGUAUACGGUCUGAUAUACCAUGGCUGUCAGGCAAUCAGCAUUCAGGGCUUGAACCACCCAGUUUUUAAUACACUAUUAUUCCCAAUGGUAGCACAUAGCGACUCUUUCCACAUUGUCCUAUUGAAGCACACAGACUGAUGGAGGAGGAUGAUGAAGUAUUUACAGCCACAUCCAUGUAUGAUUUGUUUUUACCUUCCAACAGAAAUUCAUGUCAAAUUGAUAAGAUUUAUGAGAUAAAAAUAUAGAAUUGUAGUGUUCAGCAGUUAUCAAACUAUACAUGUUAACUAGUUCACUGGUUCGAAUCCCUGAACCGACUAGCUGAAAAAUCUGUCGAUCUGCCCUUGAAAAUGGCAUUUAACCGUAAUUGCUCCUUAAAGUCACUCUGGAUAACAGUGUCUGCUAAAUUACAAAAAUGUAAAUGUAACUAGGCAAUACAUCAUUUUGGUUCAGUAGUUAUUAGUUUUGAGUUAAUUGUAUUGUUAACAAAUGACAAAUCAUAUCAAAAGUAAAGUGAGUAUUACAUUUUGAAAAGCAGAUACUUACACUGAACAAAAAUAUAAAUGCAACAUCCAUCAAGUGAAGUAGCCGGAUGUGGAGGUCCUGGGCUGGCGUGGUUACACAUGGUCUGCUGUUGUGAGGCCAGUUGGACGUACUGCCAAAUUCUGUAAAACAAUGUUGGCCUCCAAUUAGCAUGCCAAUUGCAUAUUACCUGAAACAUCUGUGGCAUUGUGUUGCACAAGGUGCACCUGUGUAAUGAUCAUGCCGUUUAAUCAGCUUCUUGAUAUACCACACAUGUCAGGUGGAUAGAUUAUCUUGACAAAGGAGAAACGCUCACUAAAAGGGAUGUAAACAAAUUUGUGCACAACAUUUGAGAUAAGACUUUUGUGCGAUGGAAAAUGUGUAGGAUUUAUUUUUCAGCUCAUAACUUUACAUGUUUAGAUUUUUGUUCAAUGUAGACUGAAUAUGUAUCCAAAUUGAAAGAAUGAUUUGGUGCAGUGAACAAGUGACUGAAUGUUUGUUGUAAUCAGUCAAUUGAAAACGUUAAGAUUUGAAUCAUGAGCCUUUUUGAUGAUCUGUUUUGAGUUGUGAAAAUGUACCGUAUGUUUGUGAAAAUGUACCAUAUGUUUGUGAAAAUGUACCAUAUGUUUGUGAAAAUUGCACCAAUGUGAUUGACUUAAACAAAAAGUUUCAUCUUGCUCAUUUCUUCUGUAUGUUAAGAUUUUUAUUUAAAUAUAUUCACAUGUACAUAAUGUUUAAGCAUAUAUUGUAUGUAAUCAUUCACUGGCUAUGUUCAGGAGAAUUCAGCACACUUCACAUUCACCCAGGUACUUUUUUUUGUAUCAUUGUGUUAGAAAAUGCUGCUUGUGUUCUCAAUAAAUGUCAAUUUUAGUCUAUCAAUUUCUCAAUUGCAAUUCAAAUGAUUCAUGGGAGGAUUAGAUUCUUACUUGACGUUUAUUGACAAUGCAUAAAAACAUGUAAAUAGAUAAACCCAAAGUAUUGUCAUUUGGUUUUCAUGUAUCACAAAGCGUGAUAAAAUAAAAUACUUUUUGUCAAUCCA